AUGUUGCAUCACAUUUGCAAGUUAUUCGUGGUCGCGCUGGCGCUCGGCGCUACCGUGUCGGCUCAGAACUCGGCCACUUCGCUCGUGAGCCGUAGGAUCACUGAGUAUCUAUUGCCGGCAGCUACUGAGACGCAUGAGUUCGCCCGCGUCCCGAACUCGAACUUCGUGCUGCUGUCACAGAUGUCUGAUAGCGAGCUUAUCAAGAUCGAGCUGGAUCCCAAGACCGAGGAGCCCGUUGCUUUCCAUUCGUUCCCUAUGGGAAAGAACAGCAGCUCCCAGCUACAUGGCGUGUGGCCAUCAACUGUUUACCCGGGCAUGAUGUGGUUGUCGCUGCAGGCCGACAACCAGCUGCUGCUCGUGGAUCCCGGCAAGAACCUCACGACCCCACCGACCAUCCUCCAGACUAUCGAUAUCCCAGCGCCAGGAAAUGGCCCGCAUUGCGUGUUUGAGAUCGGCAACCGCGUCUGGGCCGGCCUCAAGGUGGCAUCCAAGCAGACUGGCGGGUACUACGUGUUCUCUGUCGAUAUCACCGACUCCUCGGACCAGAAGCUAUACGAGUGCCUCGCCAGCCCGGUAUUCAUCAAGGAAGAUCCCACCACCCGCUUGAUCUACGUCACCCAGGAUACCGACUCGUCUAUCAUGCGUAUCGAUACCACAACCGGCGAGACGACCCAGCUUCCUAUCCCGCCUAGCGUUGGCAACAACGCCGUCGGAAUGAUCUCCGCUGACGGUCCCCUGAGUGGAGUGUGGUUCACUCUCGCCGGCAAUAAAACCGGCGGCACCGGCACCUUUGGCCACAUCGGAUCCGACGGCAAGAUGGAGUUCUUCUCGCUCAAGCACCCGAUGCUGGGCGCUAACGCUGGUUUGCUGCAUAUCGCCGACGCUUCGACCGUAGCCGGCGGCCCAGCACUGUGGCUCUUGUCCACUUCGCUACUCAGCGAUAAUUCGCCCGAUGCCUUGAUCCGAGUGACUUUUGACGCUGGCAUCACGUCCGUAUCCGGUGAAGAGUACAUCUCCAUGCCCACUCAGAACGCCAAGGUGCACCGCGUCUUGCCUCUUGAUUCUACGGUCCUGGUUUCCGAGCUCCACACUUUCACUCUCGCCCAGCUUUCCUACAACAAUACCGUUGCCGGGCAGUGGCUGCCAGCUGAGUCUGUCAGUAACGCCACUUACACCCAGCCGGGUUGA